AUGACGACGAGGCUGGUCCUGACUGAAGAUGAACUCAAUAAGGAUCCAAUAGACCUCUUUACCAUACUAGGCAAACUUGGAGAGGGAUCAUAUGGAUCUGUGCACAAGGCAAUUCACAAGAGAACGGGAGCAUUAGUCGCGAUAAAAUUGAUCCCCAUCGAGAACGACUUGGAUGAUUCUAUCAAGGAAAUAUCCAUAAUGACGGGCUGCGAUUCGCCCUACAUUGUCCAAUUUUAUGGCUCGUUUCUGAGAGGAGCACAUUUAUGGAUCGUGAUGGAGUGCAUGGCGGCCGGGAGCGUGUCUGAUAUCAUGCGUCUAUGUAAAAAGACAUUGAACGAGGAUCAAAUCGCGACUAUAUGCUUGCAUGCCUUGAGAGGCCUGGCAUAUCUUCACGCCCGGCGUAAGAUACAUCGAGACAUUAAAGCGGGAAACAUACUAUUAAACACACAAGGGGAAGCAAAGUUGGCCGACUUUGGAGUCGCGGGGCAGCUCACGAAUGAAAUGACUAAACGCAAAACUGUAAUCGGAACACCGUUUUGGAUGGCACCUGAAGUCAUUCAGGAGAUUGGAUACGGUGUGAACGCGGACGUGUGGUCAUUAGGCAUCACUUGUAUAGAAAUGGCAGAGGGAAGACCGCCCUACCACGACAUUCAUCCUAUGAGGGCGAUAUUCAUGAUACCUACAAAACCACCACCGCAAUUAGACGCUGCUAAAUACUCUCCGAAAUUCAGAUCGUUUGUGUCGAGAUGUCUCACCAAAAACCCCGCGGAUCGACCAACUGCAGACGCCCUGCUAGAAGAUCCAUUCAUAAAAGCAGCCCCUGGACUGUCGGUAUUGAGUGAGAUGGUUGCUACGACAAUAGAGCUAAUCGCCAAUGGCGCCCUUAAUGAAGUGGAAGAGGAAGGGAGAGACGACGAGUCUAUAUAUCAAACGGUGCAGACGGCCAAGUUGGGCGAGUUUGAUGGAACAAUCAAGAUGGCCGCACCGAAAAAGGCAUCAAAUCAAUCGGGAACUAUGCUUGAGAUGGGUACCAUGAUACAGAACGGUACCAUGCUGUCUAUGGGUACCAUGUUGGCCAGUGGAACAAUGGUUCAGAACAAGACUAUGGUGCUUGACGGAACUAUCAUCAAGAAUCCUUCCUCCUCCAAAGAUUCGAAAGAACCAAAGGACGCGUAUCAACCAGCAUUCAUGCAAUACAUGGCAGCGCAAAAGGCAGCAUCCGAACCAGCUGCUCCUGAUUCAUAUUCGACGACCAUGAAACCGACUAGGCCACCACCUCCAGAUCCUCGUAAGGUUGUAGCUCCUGCCUUCAACCCCGAUGAAAUCAAUCCGGCAACCAAGACGCUACCCGAACUGGAAGACAUGCUUGUAGCAUUGCAAUCUAGUAUGGAACUAGAAAUAGCACAAACGAGACUCAAGUACUCAAAGUGGCAGUCCACUAUCAAGAACGCUAUCGCUUCAAAGAAAUAG